AUGGAUAAAUCAAUAUUAUUAAAAUAUUCAGUAGUAAUUUUUUCAAGUGCAUUAUUAAUGUAUAGUUUGAAAAAAUAUUUUAUUAGUGAAAAUGAUAUUAAUAGAUUAAGUAAAAUUAAUGAAAAUCAAAUUAAAAUUGAAAAUAUCAUUAUUUAUCCAGUUAAAGCAUGUAAAGGUAUUGAAUUAAAAAAAUGUAAAUUAACAGAAUAUGGAUUUGAAAAUGAUAGAAGAUGGAUGAUUAUUUAUAAUAAUAGAUAUUGUGCACAAAAAGCGUAUCCAAUAUUAUCAACAAUUGAAACAUCAUUUUCAAAAGAUGGUGAAUUUUUAAUAAUUUCAAAAAAAGGUAUUGAAAAACAAUUAAAAAUUUCAACUAAACCAUUACAAUUACAACAAUUAGAUGAAAAGAGAAUUUAUAAUAAUGUUGCAAUGUUUGAUAACCAAUCACAAUGUUAUGAUGAAGGUGAUGAAUGUGCACAAUGGUUAGAUCAAGUCAUUGGUGGUAGUGCUGAUGGUACUACUGCUGAUAAAGGUUUUAGAUUAGUUCAAAUGUGUCCAGAAGGUAUUUGGCAAAGAAAGAUUCGUACUCAUAUGAGUGAUAAUUUGAAUGCCAAUACCCAAGCUUCUAAACUCUACAAGAACUCUUUAUCAAAUAGUUGUCAAAUUAUGAUUUUAUCAAAAGAAUCGAUUCAUGAAACUAAUAUUAGAAUUGACAAAACUCGUAAAGAGAAAGGUGAACAAAUUCAAGCACACCUUGGUUGGGAUAGAUAUCGUCCAAAUAUUCUAAUUUCUGGUGUUAAUACUUUUGAAGAAGAUAAUUGGAAAUUAAUUAGUAUAUCAUCAUCAUCAUCAUCAUCAUCAUCAUCAAAUGAUAAUGAUAAUAAUAAUGUUGAAUUAACCAUUGCAGAAGCAAAUGCACGUUGUCCAGUAGUUGUAGUUGAUCAAGUUAAUGGUAUAAUGGAUCCAUAUAAUGAUGAUGAACCAUUAAGAACUUUGAAAACUUUUAGAAAGGUAACUUGUAAAAUUGGUGAAAAAGUUUUACUUGGAACUUAUGCUGUCAUUGAUAAUAGCAAAUUCAUCAAUAGGGUUAUUCAUGUCGGUGAUUCAAUUAAUGUAUUAAAAACUGGUUUCACUUCAAAUUAUUAUUCUGAGAUUGAAAAACCACAAACACAACAACAAGCUUAA